AUUCGAGCACCUGCUUAUGCAAAAUCACAUGAAGCACCAUUAGAUUGGAAGGGUCCUGAUAUCUUUGGCGCUCUCGGGAUUCUAGCAUUUGCAUUUGCAUGUUCUCAUGUCUGUUUUAGUGUAUUCUUGAGUUUAAAAGAUCAAACAAUUAAAUCAUGGACUAUAACCACGACUCUUGCUUCUAUCAUGAGUUGGUUUUCAUCUAUUUCCUUUGCUAUUAUCGGAUACCUUAGUUUCGGUAAAGAUGUACAACCUAAUCUCUUUUUGAACUUUCCUGAUGAUGACUUCAUUGUCAAUAUCGGUCGAUUCCUUCUUGGUUUUAUAUGGGAUUUUAUCCAACAAGAGAAGCAGUUCAAAAAUUAUUAGGUUUUGAAACUGCCACUACACAGCCUAAUCAUAUUCAACAUCAUGUAGUAACAAUCCUUUUAUUCACUAUCCUUACCAUACUGGGUAUCGUAGUACGUUCUCUAGGUAAAGUAUAUGCUUUAAUUGGUGGAUUUGCUGCCACAUUUUUGGCCUAUAUUCUUCCUGCUAUGGCAUGUCUGAUCACAAGACGUCAUCAAACGACCUCAUCAUUCAAUAAUACCCCCAUCUUAGACGAUGCAAAGACCCCAUUUGUCGAUAGUUAUCAUUCUACUACAACAGCUUCAUCAUCAUCGACGACUAGAAGAAGUGAACAGAAACAAGUAGGAGAGGAGGAAAUUAGGAAUGAAGAACGUAUUGUUUCAAAAGAGGAUCAUGAUCUUAAAUUUGGUCUAUUGGAUGCAUCUGCCAUUUUUUUAGUUAUUUGGGGAAUUGUGGUGAUGAUCUUUGCAACUUCCGGCGUCUUUAAAUAAUGAAAAUCUAUACUCUACUUUCCCCCUUUUUUUUUAUUUUAUUUUUCAUAUUUCUCCUCUUCUUCCUCCUUCUCCACCACCUUCUUGCUUUUUUUUUUUUUAACUGUAAAUAGUCUAGACAUAGACGUACACUUAUCCCAAUA